AUUCAUAGUCUAUGUUCGUGCACGCGAUUCGCGCGUGUUGUUUACAUUUUCUACUGCCGGUAGACAGACGAAAUGACGUCUUUCAUGACUGCUGAUGCCCAAAAAUCUGUUUUGCAUUCCCCAACUUGCCGUCUGUGCCGUCCAAACGAAACACGACAAUUGCAAGACGAUAACAACGACGACGAUGCCAUGAUCAGUCGUAUCAUAAAAUAUCCCUCUCGUCCCUCGAAACCGUUGACGCAUACCAUGACUUUUUUCAAGAAAGCAGCCAUCCUAUCUACCUUGUGCUCUUCGUCGGUUGCCUUCACCACACUCGGCAUGAGCAAACAAUCGGCAACAAGCUUGAAAUCAGCGGUAGUCGACUUCAGCAAGUACGAAGGAUUGGGAAAUGAUUUCAUUCUGGUCGACGAUCGGGACAAGGAUGCUCCCAGUCUCUCACCAGAGCAAUCGGAGAAGCUUUGCAACCGAAACUUUGGUAUCGGUGGAGAUGGUGUCAUCUUUGCCCUCAAACCACCUUCCGACGAUUACGAUUUUUCCAUGAGAAUCUACAACUCGGACGGAAGCGAACCAGAGAUGUGCGGGAACGGAAUCCGAUGCUUUGCGCAAUUUUUGAAGGAUCUCGGUGCCGAUGCCGAAUCCUACCAGGUCAACACCCUUGCGGGCCGUAUUAUUCCGGUCAUGAACGACGAUGGAACAAUCACUGUGGACAUGGGAGAACCCAUCUUGAAGGCCGCAGAUGUGCCCACAACACUAGCUGCCAACUUUGAGGAUGAUAUCUCUGUCGUCGAGCAAGACCUCGAAUGCAACGGGAAGAACUGGAAGGUUAGUGCUGUGAGCAUGGGAAACCCCCACUGUAUCAUCUUUGUCGACGAUCUGGAAAACGACAUUGAUUUUGAAUCCGACGGUCCAGCCCUCGAGUCGUGCGAGGCCUUCCCCGCCAAGACAAACGUCGAGUUCGUACAGGUCAUGUCGGACACGCACCUGAAAAUGAAGGUUUGGGAACGUGGAGCGGGACCCACCCUAGCUUGCGGUACGGGUACAUGUGCGUUGGUGAUUGCCGCCAUCCAGGCCGGGAAGAUUCCCUCGGGCAAUAAGGUACGUGUCACACUCCCCGGAGGCGACCUAUUCAUCGAAUGGAAUAAGGACACGGACAACAAGGUUUUCAUGACCGGACCUGCUACGUACACCUUUUCGGGCAAGGCUGCAUUGAAAUAAGCGAGUGACAUGAACGAAAACAUAGCAACUAUACAAUAGAAAAUAUUAUAUGCA